UGCGGAGUGGUCUUGUAAACACGAAUCUCUCAGAGUUAAAAAUGACUCAAAAUGAAACUCUACAUCUGAUCUGGACAAACAUCCCUUCCUGAAAGGGUUGCUGAAAAAUAAACCAGAGAUAUGGAGGGCUCUGACCAUCUCUUUCAGCUGGAUGAAGAUGACCUGUUUAACAAUGAUAGCUUUCUAGAGGAACUAGAGCAGGCAGAUAAAGUAGAAAAUGCGGUCUCCAAGCACAAGCAAACUGUGUCCCGUCCUGGACACCAACAAAACACCUUUAGCAAGACCCACACGACUGUACCCUCUAUGCAUGCAAGGACUGCAACAUCAGGUGUACCUCAGGCAAGAACUCCUGGAGGAGAAGGAAGAAAGUUUUCCUUCAAAAGUAAAACUUCACCUGAAAUUCCAUUGCCACCAUCCGUUGGUAGCAGUAAGCAAGGAGCCCUCCCUAUCAGUACUGGAGAAAGGAUCGGGGUCGAUUGGAAUAAGAAUAUAGGUUUGGUCCAAGAAAAUAGAAAUCAGCUCACUUCAAGUAGGAAAGAUCCUGUGAAUCCAAUGCCAAAUGUAAACAGUAAUAAACUUCCUCAAAGCAUGGCAAAGAUUCCAUCUCCAUUAGCAAAUUUGAGACAGUUAAAUUCAAAGCGAUUUACCCCAGUUACUCCCGUGAACACAAUGUCAAAGGAAGCUUGUGAUAAGAAAAAUCUUGGAAGUGAGUCUUCCAGUACUCUUGAUACUUCCCUUGAUGAAUUUAAAGAGCCUACUUCAGCAAGCAAGAGUGUUAGCCAUAAAAGUCUUGGGCAGUUGCGUCCAACAGGUUCAACUUUGCAGAACAGUAGACCCCAGAUGUCAAGUUCAGAUGCUGUCCAAGGUGCCCAUGGAACUGUUACUCAAAGUAUAUCUAGAACACCCAAACAAAGUCCUGGGAUUGUUAGAAAGCCUGUGAUGACCUCGCCACCUCAAAGGCCAUGUACCCCUCAUCAACAAGGCACACCGCAAACAAUUAAUAAAACUCCUCAAACCCCUUUAUCUUCCAGGGUUGGCUCAAUGCCUUAUGAACAGUUCAACAACAGAACCAACAACAGGUCAUCCAUGAACACACCCGCUCCUGCUGGUGCCUUCCAAGGAAGACAAUCAUGUGCAAAUAUGCAAGUGAGACAUAAUGUAGGACAGUCUCCAAGUACAAGGUCAGGUAAUGCCAAUCCAGGAUAUAAUAACCAGAGUAGAGGUAGAGGUGUUUCAUCUUACAAUCAAACCCCUCCACCCCGUAGGCAUGACCUGCAAUAUGGCACUAAUAGUCAUAGAACAACUCCAGGAAGUGCAGUCGCAACCCCCGCUAUGCACGGGAGAGGCAAGAACUUUCCAGGGAGGGGACAACCCCAACAAGAUCUCACUCAUCGGCAACACACCCCGGUAGCAGGACAUGCCCAACAACAGCGAACUCCCGUUGCCGGCCAUGCCCAGAGACAACAUCCUUCCUUGAAUAGACCACCUAUUAAUCAGAGACAGUCCACACCUGGUCAACCUUCCCGACCAGUCUUGACACCCAGAGUGGCCCAGCUUUGCAAAGGAUCGGGUCCCAGUCCUGGAACAGGUUCUGUCCAUGGCGGGACCAGAAAAUUUCCAGGACCUGCUGGAUUGCUCCCCAAGCUGAGCCCUGGCCAGAAGCUGAAAGAUGCGGCAGCUGCUCUCAAGAAAAAGGUUGAAGAAGAAGAGCUCUCUCAGGAAACAGAGGAGUCGAGUGAAGAGAUUUCUGAUGUCGGUGAUUUUGAGCACGGAGCCUGGUUUAGGAUGAAGGCAGAACUUGGCAUAAAAGAUGGUGAUCCAUCAUCAAUCCUUCAACAGAACAAUAUUAACCUUGUCAUUAGAAAGGCAAGCCUGAAGCAGCUGACAAAGAACAAGGUAAACCACCUGUGUGUGAUGAUCAAGACCAUCUCCCUCAACAGCAGCGAUGCCAGUGUUUGCCUCUGUGAUCCCAGCGGUGAGAUGCAGGGGACGAUUCAUCGGAGGCUGAUUGAAGAGUACCAGGGAGACCUUAGACCUGGCUCUGUUCUGGUCCUUAGACAGGUUGGAGUCCUGAGCCCAUCCCAGCGCAAUCAUUACCUGAACAUCACACCUAGUAACCUUAUACAGGUUUUCCCUGGUGAGAGCAACAGCAGACCAGGCAGCCAGAAGACACCAAAGAGAACCAGAAAACACUCUGGACGGUCAAUGACCAAGAAGCGUCCAUCCGAGGAAGAAUCUGGAAAUGAACAAAGGUCAUCUCCUGUCACUGGCAUGGGCUCUGCAACAGGGAGGAGAGGCGAAGAUGACGAUGGACUUGGGUCAAGUGAUGUACCAGAUGUAGUUGCCAUGGAUGCAGAUAAAUACCUAGAGGAUGAUGAUGCAGGAAUAUGGGAGGAAAUGCUUGAGGAUGAGGAUGAGGAAGAUGUGCUGCUGAUGGAUUCUCAACUCGGUGCAGGUGAUGCGAAACCCGGACUAAAUGUUACCAAAAAGGGACCAACAGGAGAGAGACGGGCAGCACAGUCUAAAAACUUGGAUGGGGUAAAUUCUGCAAAAUCAUCUUCCUUGUCCAUUUCACCUCGUCCCGAGGAUCCUGCAAUGGCUCAGUUCUCUCAGCCUAAGAAACGAUCACCACCAGUAUCUUCAGCUGGUACUACAUCAUCAUCCUCUUCAUCAUUAUCAUCGUCAGGAGUUUUACCUGUAACAACCAAAAGAUGCCAUCCUGUGUCAUCUAAGCCCACUCCAAGUGUUGUCAAGUGUCCUGAGGAGAUAAAGAGGCCUUGCCUGAGGGAUAUUUCUGGUCUUGGGUCAAACACAGGUGGAGGAUUUAAAUCAGGUGGACCGAACAAGGGUCUAAAUAGCUGUAGAGAAGAGAGUAUUGGUGAUCUUCUGGACGGACUUGAAGAUGAACUGUUUGAUGACUUCUGAAGGAAGCAUUUAUCACCAAGGAAGAUUGGGAGAAUGUCCUGUGUUCUAUGGCCUUUUGGUCUAAUAAAACUAUUAGCAGACGCUCCACAUCAUCUAAUUUAAUACUGUAGAUGUGUAACUAGUUUGUCUAUACCAUGUUGCCUAAUGUCUCACUCUGCCUUUUUUAAUCAGUUUGUCUCACAUGCAGUACUAGCCACAGAAACAUUAGCGCUCACAGAGCACUUGCAGUAGGCCUACUCACAUCUUUCAGAUUUUGAUGUAAAAGAUGUAAAUAAUGCAGUGUUUAUUUAAUAGGCACCUGAUCAAAUAAACAUUUUACUGUAAAUUUUAUGGUAUAUUUAUCCAAUAAAACACAUUUUUAGCUCAUACCUUUCAUAUCACCACUGUUUUGGGGCACAUGCAUUGAUAUAAUCUUGUAAUGAGAAGAAAUUCUGAUAUGUACUUUUGAGGGGAUUUACC